ACAGAUAAAAAUUGAUUGUCAAAUUAAAAUUACAUUUUGUGUUGUAUGUGGGAUAUAUAUUUCUAAAUAAAUCGCUAAAUUUAAUAAGUUUCCGCUAUGAAAACUUAGGGAUCAUGGAUUAAAUAGUGCUUUGUACUUUUUACUAUUUAUUUAAGAAGUGUCAAUAGUUUUUCAGCUGCUGAUAUAGUCUCUUACGAUGAAAAGAGCAAGCGCUGUAUCCUGACAAAGAUAAUUCCGAAUCGGGAACAAAUCUGCCUGUAAGAAAUGUUUUCCAAGUCGAGUAAGGACACAUUCCUGGAGCAAACCAAGGCAGCUCGAGAGGAGCGUGCCCUGGAAAAGAAACGCGAAGUUUCAGCCGUCGUAAUACAAGCUUACAUUCGUGGCUUCAUCGCCAGACAACGCUUUAUUAAACUCAUUCUUGAAGAGUUUGACCGAUUACUGCCUGAUCCUCCAACUUCACAAGAUGACACGCCUCCUCAAACAGAACUCAAGCCAGCCCUGGAGGUGUACCAGGCAGCUUGUCGAUUCUUCCUUGUGUUCAAGAAGGAAAGAGACAGAAAGAGGUUUGAGAAACUGUGCAAGUACAUUGUGCAGAGUCUCCUCUGUGAGUCUGUCAAGAUGUCUUAUGUUGGAGUGUUCUUGAAUAAAGAGUACAGUCUCCGCUGGAUAGCUCACGUAAAGUCCUUGCUGUACAAAUGCUGCCUCUACCUCGAGGACCUUAAGCCCGAGUCUCCUCUAGACAUGCAGAGUAUACUGACCCACCUCCACACGCUGGUGGCGCUGACAGCCACCAACACCUGGGCGCUGACGAGGCAGAAGAACUUUGAGAAACUUCGCGGUGGAGUCACACAGUUGUGUGCCAACAUCAUGGGCUCACUGUUCCAUAGGGGAUAUUAUUUGACUUUAAAGUCUCUCCUCCUCCGCGGCCUGUGUCGUGAGAAGGUCUUCCUCAAGAACGUUGCACUCACAGCCAUAGUGACGCUCUCGCUGCGGCCGCUGGUCUCCGCGCAGUUCUCGGAGAAGCUGCUCACCAUGUACAUCAUACAGAUCCUGUCCGUGCCCACGCUCGUGUUCCACAUGCAUCAGAUAUCGCCUGAGUCGCUAGCGGCGUACCGAGCGCACGGCAUCUUCGACAAGUGCCUCGAGUUCCUCAGCCUGGACCAGAACCUGCGCAUAGUGUUCAACACUCUCGAGGGGAACUAUGCUCUGUGCCUGCUCGCUAACUUGGUGCAGCUGGCGCAUCUGGAGCGCGACCACUGCGCGCCGCAGACGCUGUACCCGACUCUAGUGCUAGUCGUGACCCGCUUCCUGGAUAGCUGCCAACAGUACGUGGUCUGCAAGAAAGGCAACCUCAGCAACUGGCACCCGAUCCUCGGCUGGUUCUCUCAAAGCCUCGACCAAUACCUGCCCCCGACUAUGAGCAACUUACGGACCCAAUUGUCUUUGGCUUGGGGCGGUCCAUUGUUGAAGAAGCUGUUGGCUGAGCCGUUGAAGGAGAUGCUGGAGAGCGGAGCGGGGGGCGAGGAGGCGGGGCCGUCGCAGCCGUCGCCGCCGCCGCACGGGAACAAUGCCGCUUCGUAUAUUAGGAGGGCUAUUGAGGCUAGGACUAAUAGCCUGCCGAUGUUCCGGUCCAACUCCAACAAGGUGUACCGCAAGCUGGGCUCGGCGGACAGCACGCGCGUGGCGCUCACGUGCGGCAUGCUGCACGCCGCGCUGCAGACGUGCACGCAGCUCAAGCUCGACAUACUCACCGGUCUGUGCAAUCAAGACGAGAUCCUCUACUCGUUGUGGCAGUUCCUCUGCACUCUCGGCCCGACGUGUGGCCUCAAGUCCUUCCUGGAUCUGUUGGCUGUCUCCACCAAGACCUCCGCGCCAGAGUUUCAGAUGUUGAUUCUUUUUGCUGACUGCAUGACGCAUUAUGUUACAAUAUUGGACGACAUGGAGAUGUACGAACAGCAGGAGCCGUUCAAAUUAGUAGACUUCAUCAACAUGUCGCAGUUUCUCAACCUGUUCGUCUAUAAAUCUAUCAUGGGACAGCUGUUCGACCUCAAAACCAUCCAGUCCAACAGUCUCUUCGUGGCCAUGCACACACUGCUACUAGUCUUAUACCGGCGCGACUGCCGGCGCCCCUACACGCGCGCCAACCACUGGCUCGUGCGCGACAUCCGCGACGCGCAGUUCAUGCACGACCUCGACAAGGGGAAGAAGCCGCACCAGGUCCUUGUUCAGAAAACCCCUCACAUGAUAGCGCACGGCGAGCGGGUCCGAUUGUUCAGGCGAGCCGUCGCUGAUGAGAAAGUGGUCCUCGGCCUAACCGAGCGCGCGUGCGGGGGGCGCUCCACGCUCGUCACCGUGCGGCGCGCCCGCCUCGUGGAGGACGGCUACCGGCAGCUGGGAGCGCUCCCCAGUCGCGCGCUGAAGGGCGUCGUGCGCGUGCGCUUCGUGAACGCACAGGGGUUAGAUGAGGCGGGGAUUGACCAGGAUGGUGUGUUUAAAGAAUUCCUAGAAGAAACCAUAAAGCGCGUGUUCGACCCAGAACUGAACCUGUUCCGUGCGACAAGCGAGGAGCGUCUCUACCCCGCGCCCACCUCGGCCCUUCAGGACAACCAUCUGCAACUGUUCGAGUUCAUAGGACGGAUGCUGGCCAAGGCUGUUUACGAGGGUAUAGUGGUGGACGUCCCCUUCGCUUCAUUCUUCCUGAGCCAGGUGCUGGGGCAGACGCAGCAGGCGCUGUACAGCUGGAUCGACGAGCUGCCCUCGCUCGACCGCGACCUGUACCGGAGCCUCACCUAUAUUAAGCACUUUCAGGGUGACAUUUCGUCACUGGAGCUGACGUUCACAGUGGACGAGGAGCGUCUCGGAGCCAUCGUGACCCACGAGCUGGUGCCGGGCGGCAAGGCCAUACCCGUCACUAAUGAGAACAAAAUAAACUACAUCCAUCUGAUGGCGCACUUCAGAAUGCACACUCAGAUCAAGGACCAAACGAACGCGUUCAUCAAGGGGUUCCGAACCAUCAUCAACCCGGAGUGGCUCUCGCUGUUCUCAACUCCUGAGCUCCAAAGACUGAUAAGCGGCGACAACGUGCCGCUAGACCUGCGCGACCUGCGGCGGCACACGCAGUACUACGGCGGCUUCCACGACUCGCACCGCGUCGUGUGCUGGCUGUGGGACGUGCUGCAGCGGGACUUCAGCGAGGCCGAGCGAGCCAUGUUCCUGAAGUUCGUGACGUCAUGCUCGAAGCCGCCGGUGCUCGGGUUCGCGCACCUCAAGCCGCCAUUCUCCAUCCGCUGUGUGGAGGUCGGCGACGACGAAGACACGGGGGACACUAUUGGAAGUGUGAUCCGUGGCUUCUUCACAAUACGAAAGAAGGAUCCCUUGAACCGUCUACCAACGUCUUCCACCUGCUUCAAUCUCCUCAAACUUCCCAACUACCAAAAGAGGAGCACUUUGAGAGACAAGCUGAGGUAUGCCGUCAAUAGCAACACUGGCUUCGAACUCUCCUAAUGUGCUCCGAAUGGAAAUUCGACUGUAGGACCAGAAUUUGGAGUGCUAGUUUCGUUCGGCGUUUUUCGUGUAAUCGGUGUUUUCACUGACCAAUCACCGCCUCGACUGUUCUAACUUAUGAUUAGGGUUUAUGGGGUGGUUUUGAGUAAAAAUGUGCAAUACUUUUCACUGUCAUUGUUCUUAUAAAUCUACCGUUACUCAUAAUUCGCAGUUAUAAUACUGUUCUGUCGGGGCUAAUGUGGCUUUAUGGCUAUGUUAUUUUAAUAUUUAUAUUCUUACAGGCAGUUUGUGGUGUUAUAAUAAUAAAUUUCUUGUAAUAAUAACUUGGAGAAGUUAUUACACACACUGCACUCGCAAUCAAUAUUGAACGCCAUCUAAAUUCGUUGUUGAAUAUUCGUCACAAAGUAAAUUCGUCACAUUUGUAACAUACAUCAAAAGUCAAUUCAUCACUUGGUUGUAUGAAGCUUUUUGUCAUAUUUAUAUGUGCACUCAUGACUAAUUAACUUUGUAACGUAUAUAUAUACAAACACCCUCUGAAACUUGCUGUAUUUUGGUAAAAAAUUAAUUACAUUUUUUAUUAUGUAUUUAUAUAACUCAUAAACAUGAUUGAUAAUGAUUGGAUGGUUGGUACUCGUAUGUAAGAUUGUUGUGAUUAUCAAAAAAAAUAAAAUCCAUUGAUAAAAACCUUAAAUAAACAUGAAUAAUCUUAGAAACGAACUCAUUUAGUAGUUUCGAAAAAUCUAUUAAGUUUUGUUAACUUACAUAUUAUCCAAUGUAACAGAAUUUGAAAAUCGUAUUUAGAACGAAUAUCAUGUCAUGUUACUUAUCUACAUAAUAAAGAAAUAUAACAUUUUAUAUUUCGAAUACCAUGAAACCUUAUGCAGAUAAUUACAUAAUGCACCAGAUGUAACAUGUGUUUGAUCCUUAUAUGUACUAUAAAUGAUAAGCCAUUUACCAAAUAUUAAUUGAAACAUAAUGCAUGCACUAAAGAUGUGUCGGAAUGGUGAAGUCUGAAUCUUUCUAUGUGUUAUAUUUACAGACAUUCAAACAUUGACGCGUCUUAUAUCUUGUUACCUAGAAGGUUCAUAUAAUUUUGUGUCAUAAAUUAAUCAUAGCUCAUAAUAAAUAUAACUAGUUAGGUACAUAACAGUAAAUUCGUUAGUUUUUGUAAUCAAGUUGGGGGACACGUUAUUGUAUAAUCCGAAUUCUAAAUAAUCCAAUCCAGUCCAAUAUAAAACUUUAAUUAAAUGUACAUAGACAAUAACAUAUUUAGGAAUAGUUAUUUCUCUUAUGAUAUUUAAUACUCACUUCUAAAGCCGUAUUGUACCAUCGCGCAUGCAUGCUGGUCCGAUUUUAAAACUCAUAAUACGUGCGUGUGGCCUAUCCUCCAGAGCUAGCGGAGCGUCGAGAAUCGACCAAUGAAGUUGCAUGAAUACGUUUCUAUUCUAUUAUACGGAAGUAAAUAUCGGAUUGCCAAAAAAUAUGCUGUGCUGACGGCUGCUUAAACAGUGAAGUUAAAUUGUCACAAACUCACAUAAAUUAUGAAAAAAAAACAUACAUGAAAUAUGGAGUAAUGUUAGGUAUCGUAAGUUUGUUAAUAAAAUGGAUUCGAUAGUAGUUUUGUGGUAUAUGAAUUUGUAUUGAAUGUUUAAUACUAAGUAGGUAUUUAUAAAAAAGUUUGGCGCUAAAUUUAAGAUCUCAUUUUGUUGUUAGAUUGUAUCUAACGAUAAAGAAUCUGUCACGAUUAAUUUAUAUUUGAUAAUAAAUUAUUAUUAUGUAUAUUACGUUUGUAUUACAUACUUCAAAUUACAUAGUUACGAAUGAUACAAAAUUUAUAAUAAGUCUUACUUAUGGUUGGAGAUAUUCCGUGUUAUUAUUUCUUGCAGAUCAUUUAUACAAGUUGUGUUUUUUUAUUUUACUUUCAAAAAUAUCUGUAGCAGUAUCUACAUUAAUAUUAAAACUAUAUAGCAAUAUUUUGUGAACCUAUAUCACUAAAAAUAGUCGCGAUAUUCUAAAAUAAUGUGUAGUAACUAUUCAAAAAUAUCUAAUUGAAACAAUAUUUCUCCAGUCAUAUUUUAUGAGUAUUUUUUUUCGUUUUGUUACAUUUUAUAUUAUUUUGUGUGUCUUUAUACUUUAUUUAUCUGUACUCGUAUUUAUAGAACUUACAAAGGGUUUGUAGAGGUUUUCAAUUGGCGGUGAUCACACAAAUUGCCACUCUUGGUCAGUCAAGAAGUCUAUAUUGGAAUUAUUCGCUUACGUUUACAAACUAUUUGUAGGUCCUGUGAUUACGGAAGUUUUUUAUGAAUCAGUGCAAUUUUUUUUUAUUUUCACUCGUAAACAAGAAUUAUAUGUUGUUUAGUUUGUACUAUUGUAUAAUGUAGUGGGAAAACCGUUUACAUGCUUACUUAAUCUUGUAUUUUUUAACCAUUUAUUUAACUUUUUUUUAAGUCCAAUAAAUAAUUGUUUUACUUGUAAAUAGGACCUUCAGUUUUGCUAUAAUUCUUCGAUGUUAGAAUACAAGUAGAUUUACUGACUCAUUUUAAACAAUACUUUAUAUUCAUAAAAGUAAGGGAUAUUUUGUACUAGACACGUAAUAUGUUGUAUGUAACACAAUGUGAUUCUCUGUGAUAAUAUAAUUGAUAUUUAUUAAAA